AUGGAUCUCUCAGAACAUCAACGUCUUGCUGUCCAACGUGCCCAAUCCAUCCUUAGCGAUGCUGGAUUGUCAGCGUCUGAUCUCGAUUACUCACCAACUACUAGCACCCGAUCCUUGACCCCUACAACUUCGAACACGUCUCCUGCUGCAUCGUCCAUCGCCCCGUUACCCAGCACUGAGCCCUCCCCAAUUGUUCAAGCUUCCAACUACAUUCCACCGCCGGCGCUUGAACAUCCUCUUGGGGCAAUUGUGGAGUAUCCUGAAACUGGAUCAGUCAUGGGACAAGCAGUCGCGCACAUUUUCUCGAUAUCUGCGAACUACAUUACUCACGAGUUUGACAAUCCUAAAGCUUCAUUCCAGUACUCGUUUGGUGACGGACAUGGAGGCCGGAAGAACGUUCUCUGCCAUUUGCUUCAAGAUAGCACUGAUGGCAAACCAGUUAAGUGCAACAGGAUUUCGACGUCUUGUAAGGGCCUGAAGGCAUGUUCCUCCAACACUGACGCAUUCAUCAAUGCCACCCAUUCAUACACCCACCGGGCACACAUCAGCGAACUUAUCACUCCUACCAGAGCAUUUUCUCCCACUGAUGAUUCAGCAGAACGGGAAGUUUUCACCAAGACAUUUGCAUUUGUCUGUGCACUUAAGGUACACGGCUGUAGUUUCCGUACCAGCACUGAGUUCACAGAUUUCAACUUCGAGAAUGACUUGGAUGAUUCAAACAUCGACCCCAACGACUACGAACGUGCUCUUGUGACUCCUACCGCCGCAUCCUCGCGCUCUCCGAAUGUCUUUGAGUAUAUUGUCGCCAUCAUUCUAAUAUUUGCUAAUCCAAUCACCGUGGCUGUAGAUGUGAACAUCGUUCACGCACUGACCGGGCACAUCUCAUCCUUUGGAACCUUCAAGAAUUCAAUAUCAACUAUCUUCAAGCAUUGCUCGCCCACGACAUUCGCAGCAAUUCUUAUUCACGAAGAACGUGCGGAACAUUGUGGUUAUGGACCCCUGGUGCCUUGCAAUUUUGUUGCUUCACCAGUCGAGCACAAGCAAACAUGUGCUCAUUGGCACAGGAACUCAGCCAGCAUUCAAAAUUCGAUAUCUUUGUCCCUGUCAACCUUGUUGCUGUACCCCGCAUCGCUAUUGUGUGUCGCAACCCACACUCUCACCCGCCACCCUGCGCCAAUCAAAACACCACCUCCGCUCGUUGAUUUGUUCAGGUCGUUGCUAAUGGAUAUGGAUUGGGAGCUUGCCGAUGCAACUCCUAGACGUAUUCUAUGCGACUCUGGAUUCAUGCGGGGGCUACGUACGGCUUUGGGUUGGACACAGGACCGCAGUCCAACUCUUGCCGACCUUCACCCAUCUCUAGCGAAUCUCGAUCAUGUGCAUUGUCUCAUGUAUAAAUUCCGUCGUGACAAGUAUCCAAUGGGGACCGGCUUUCGAGGUGCAAAACUGCUCGUCGACAAGGAGAACGAGCUGCCAUGUCAUGCGCGCUAUGUUCGGUGCGCAGAAACACACACUCUCCCUGGUGGUGUUGAUUUCCAUCUCAUUGUUUGUAUGAGUCCCUUGAUGUCGCGCCAUCUACUGCUCGCACGCCGUGUGUCAAUUGACACGUCAUUCAAGCGCUUGCACGGCUGGCAAGAAUUUGAGAUUGAAGCUUGGGACAACAACCACAUGCGAUCUCUUACGGGUGCACGAGCAUUCAUAAAUUCACAAUCUGCACAGGCACACUUGGUUCUUUUUCGCCGAAUCUUUUCAAUCGCCAGUGAGGACACAGGAACACCGGUAUCUUUCAAACACAUCCAUGGUAGUGGCUACGAGUCAGUAGUGGCAGACGCUCAUAUGGGUCAGGGUCUCGGACUUGGACUGUUUUGCUCAGAGCUUAGCAAAAACAUCAAGACUCCAUGCAUUUACGAACCGCAUCGCAAGUUAUGCGAUCUGACUCCCUACGAUCACCUUCGCCGGUUCUACCGUUUGUGCAUCGUCCAUUUCAAGAGGAACUUGCGGCCGCUUCAAUCACAGGUGUCGAAGGAGAGGACGCUCAGUGUCAUCAGAGGUGGCGGCCGAAAAGCUGAAGCAUGGCUUAAGGACAAACUUCAGACUAACAAGUUCGCAUUUCCCGCGCUAUACCGUCCUGCAAGCUUCAUACCUGAAGAUAUUUGGCGUGCAUGCCCAACCACCACAAACGGCAAUGAGCAGGCCCACCGCAACAUCAACCGUGAUGGGGUGCACUUAACACUUCUUGGAGGUAUCAUGAGAGGCCGAGCCUUUGACGACCGAGCGGCACAGAGCAUCGACGUUCAUGCAUCGUUGGGCAUCGGCACUCGUGAUCGUGAUGCUACUCAUGCCUACCGAGCCUCAAGAAGCAUCACUCGUCAAGCCCUUUCACAGCGCCAUCGUGUCACUCAACAUCCGCAUGAUGACGCUAUGCAUGUGCUGUCACAGCAACCAGCACCCAGAAGAAUCCUACCCUUCACACCAGUACCAUCCUACUCGCUUUUCAAUGCUCUUCGACCAGAUGUCAAAGGUGUUCUGGAGCUGUGUCCAUGGAGGCAACAUUCUGCACGCAAUAAUUGUCCCCGACGACGAUCAGCCUAUUCUAACAGCUAUGUUAGUGACCUCGAGUACGCCCUCACACCUGGAGCUGGUAUCAUUGAUUAUUUCCCUCCCCUGUCUUGA